UGUGCAUAGAAAUGCUUUUUGUUGUUGAGUCGUGGUCACCUAGCCGCGGUUCCCAUUCAUUUAAGGUGUUAUUAAGUAUCUGCUGUUCACGGAAAGUACAGUUGGUCGACGCAAAUGCGGUGACGGUGACACGUAUACAAAACGAACAAUGAAGCCUGUGGCGCUGGACAGGACAGAUGAAUGAGUGCAUUGAGCUCGUGCGGAAAGUGAUGCCUGGGAGUUUCGGACUGUUGUUGGCUUGAGAGUUCCGCAGUUUACGUUUCGCAACAUUAGUCAUCUGUUCAAACGUUGGAAUGGAGGUUCACAUUAUAGUGGCGACAGCUUUCAUUUUCUUGGGCUGUUGCACCAACGUAUUCUUCCUCGAAUUGUUGGUCAAAGAGCAUCCAGGAUGCACCAAUUUGAUCACGUUUUCGCAGUUUCUCUUCAUCGCCAUAGAAGGAUUCAUAUUUGCAACAAAUUUCGGCAAGAGACGCCCUGUGGUGCCGCUCAAACACUACAUCACACUGGUUGUCAUGUUUUUCUUGGUCAGCAUUUCCAACAAUCAUGCCCUUUCAUAUGACAUCUCAAUGCCUCUGCACAUGAUCUUCAAAUCUGGCUCACUUAUUGCAAACAUGGUACUAGCCAUCAUUCUACUGAAGAGGAGGUACCCACUCUCCAAGCACCUUGCAGUAUUUAUGAUAACUGUUGGCAUUGUGAUAUGCACCAUAGCUUCAGUAGGUGACAAGGAAGAAGCAGGGACUGUUAAAAUGGAAGACAGCAGCCUUUACACCAAAUGUGUUGGCAUAGGGCUUCUCUUGUUUGCUCUCCUGCUCUCGGCUCGCAUGGGAAUUUACCAGGAAACACUUUACGCCCGCUAUGGCAAGCACCCCCGUGAAUCUCUCUUCUAUGCUCAUGCUCUGCCACUGCCUGGGUUUCUCCUCCUUGUCCCCAACAUUUAUUCGCACGCCGUGCUCUUCAACCAAUCAGCGCCACUGUCUCUGCCUGUGUUGGAAAGCAUCCCAAGGUCCUGGGUAUACCUUCUCCUAAAUGUCAUCACCCAAUAUGUGUGCAUCCGAUCGGUGUAUGUGCUGACAACCGAGUGCUCCUCGCUGACAGUGACACUGGUGAUCACGCUCCGCAAAUUUGUCUCGCUGCUCCUGUCUAUCUACUGCUUCCAGAAUCCAUUCACGCUUACCCACUGGUUCGGCACGGUGCUUGUGUUCGCGGGAACGUUACUCUUCACGGGAGUGUUAUCGCCAACACCUGCAGUCACGGAGUCACGGUUGAAGAAGCAGUAGGACACUGUUGUGCCUUCCAUUUUUUAUACACCCUGCACUGGGUGUGGCUUUGCUGCUUCCAGCCAUGGCAGUAUCCUAGUUCAUACUCUUGUCUCGGCAAUUCGGUGCAGCGUGACAAAAGCAGACUCCUUGUCUGCGCUCUCGUCUCACUAGCUCCAUGUAGUGCAGCCAAAGCUUUUGCUUGUUUCAGCCAAUUGGGAAUGAGAGCUGGUUAUUUGUCUCGGAGAAGACAGGAGGGCUUGCACUAAUCGAGAUCCUUUCCAUUUCAUGAAGCACGGAAGGGGAUUAAUGUUGUACAAACAAGCCCUUCUGGUUCUUAUUUAUGGUUGGCUAAAUGAAACGCUUCACUGCAUGGAGUUGGCGAAGUGCAACAGGUCGAGGCAAGAAUUAACAAUACAUGCUGCUUCAUCAAUGAGGGAGAAACAGGUAUAAAUGGCUCUUCUUACUAAGUUGCUUGCUGCUUUACACUCGCAUUUCAUGCGAAGGUUGCAUUUAGUGAUGGUUUAUGUUUAAUAUCAUGUGUGGAUGCAGUACUUGCAGCUUUUGCAGCACUGCAUGGAAUUGUUUGUUAGGUGAAGUAUAGCUCAUUAACUGCAACAGGUCAAGGCAAGCUCAAGGUCAAGGCAACAGGUCAAGGCAAGCUUAACCUGUAACGUGAGUUACAGGUUAAGUGAGUAAUGGGUUUUGCCCGUGUCUGGAUGCUGCACUUGUUUUUCAUCCAGGAUAACUCGACACCGCUUAUUAUCUGCAGCAAAGCUGGAUGGAAAGCGUAUAUUUACUGAAAGAAGGGAACAGUGAUGCCACCUGUUGCCAGCAGUGAGAAACUGUUCCAUGCCCUCUUUUACGCAGUGAUCAUUUCACCCCCAGCAGAUGCCAUUAUUCCUCGCAGUGAGCACAGCAGACAAUGCAUAUGCCUCAAUAAGAUAAGAUAAAACCAGCCAACAGAGCAUCUUACCAACGUGUACAGAAGACCUGCUACAGAGUGCGACUUUCGUAUAUAAAGCUCAAGUGCAGAAAAGCUAGCAGUUUUAUCAAAAGAGCCAAUCAUGUACUUAACCUCCCUUAUCUAUUCAUUAUAAUGCACUGUUAACUUAAAUGAACACUGUGACCUUUGGCCACUAUUCCCUUUCUUAAAGAAGAAAGCCUUGUUGAAUUGGUGGGGCUUUGGCAUGUUUCAAACAUGACAUAUGCUUACAGGUCCCCAUCGUCUAUUCUGCGCUUACUUUCAUAAAAUAUUUGUUCUUUUCGAGUGGCAGCAUUGAAUAAAGGAACUGUGAAGA